GUUCCACCAUUGCUGUAGCGGUGACUCGGACCAUGUCCGAGUUGAUCCCAAAACCACAGAACAGAAAGUCGAGAAAGCCGCAAAAGACGCCGCCCUCGCUGACGGAUAUACUGGACCAAUUGCACGAUGAAAUCAUUGACAACUGGACUACGAUAAGCUACGAUAUACGCAGGACCUUGCAGAAACAUUUGGACCCCGAGAAAUUGAUUUCACAGCAGGAUGCAGCUGCUAUCAACGCGUGCUUGGAUGAUAUUUGUACACAGUACCCAAUUUUUCGACGUUAUGAGGACGCGUGGCCUGCAUGCCAAUAUGUGGAGCAGUACCUCUUCUGGAAUUUGACGAAAAAUCGGCUUCAAGGCCAAGCUUGUCGUUGGAGGCAGACAAUGUUGAUGUGCCACCGCUCAUACCCGUCAUACCGGAGGCGCAUCAGACUAUCGUUAACAACGAGGCGCCCCGUCCGCAGUUGUCGGAAAUUAGAUACUAUCACCCGGAAAAGAAGUCAAGCCGAAUCUACGGACUCGAAUAUCGCAGACCGUGCCGAGAACGAAUCGAGCGCUGCGCCGCGUCUACAGGGGACUGAUCCGCCUCAGGAAGAGCAACUUUCCGUGAGUGCUCUGCCGACUUUGGGUUCGAACAAUACGCGACGACAUCUGCGGGCUUAUGUGGGCAAACUUCGACCAUCCCCGUCUGCCUUCCUGCCUCGGGGCAAGUCGACCGCUUCGGAGGGUGCAAGCUUAAGUGCAGAUGCGGUCGACAUAUUUCUGAGCAACCUGAACGUCCCUAUGAGUCAUCUCUCCGGCGUUUUCCACGGGCUGGGCGUUUCCGAUGAGGCCCGGCUGGAUGAAUUGACCCGGUGGGACGCCAUCGAGCGGAACUCCUGGUUAGAUGCGCAACUCCUUCUGGGAAAGUGGGGCGAGAUCACUCCCUUUGAGUUGCAGGUGGUGAAGCGGGCCCUGAUCCAGCGGGGAGAAUGGCUCGGGAUGUCGGAGAAAGAACAUGUCGUCUAGUAUUGUGAUCUCGUGCGCAUGCCCUGUUCGAACAAUGUGGAAUGUGUAACAAUUACCCCUAGU